GGGAGAGGGGAGGGAAAAUAAUUCUUCAAAAAAGAAAGUCAAGCUUCUCUCCUCCAGUCUGUGGAAAACCCACCACCGAGGACGUUGACAGAGGGUAUUUUUAGGAAACCCAUCCAAAUACACAAGGAAACGCGAGCGGCUCCAGUUCAAAGCCACAUGCACCAACGUGACAUAUAAGCCAUUAAAAUAUCAUCCUGACGGCUCAUUUCUGCUCCAUCAUACAUUCCCUAACUGCUUCCCCGAAAGCUGGAGAAGGAGAAAUGAAGGAUGACCGCCUCGGUGGAACCACAAAAGAGGCUUAGAGGGAUGUGUGGUCCCCCCCUCCAUCCACCCCAAAGUGAUGUGCAGAAAAUGAGGUGAUCCGGGCAACAGGUGGAGCAGGGCUCAAACUCAGAAAAUGAAAUACAAGUCUUCCUUGGUGAUGAGGAAACGAUUGCGGCUUUACAGAAACACCCUGAAAGAAUCAAGUAGCAGCUGUGGACACCAUGGGCCCCAGCUCGCCGCCGCCGCCGCUUCGAGCCCCUCGGUAUUUCCGGGCCUUCAUGAGCAACCUCCUCAGGCCUCCCACAACCGUCCUUUGAACGGACUCCUGCGUCUGGGGCUCCCUGGAGACAUGUAUGCGAGGUCGGAACCCUUUGCACCGGGGCCUACGGCCCGCAGCGACACUUUGGCAACAGCCACAGCCCUGCACGGCUAUGGCGGCAUGAACCUGACCGUGAACCUCGCCGCACCCCAUGGCCCUGGAGCCUUUUUCCGCUAUAUGCGCCAGUCCAUCAAACAGGAGCUCAUCUGCAAGUGGCUAGGCGAGGACGGCCCACUGUCCCCGCGCCCCUGCUCCAAAACUUUCAGCACCAUGCACGAGCUGGUCACGCACGUCACCGUGGAGCACGUCGGCGGCCCAGAGCAGGCUAACCACAUCUGCUUCUGGGAGGAGUGUCCGCGACAGGGCAAGCCCUUCAAAGCCAAAUACAAACUUGUAAAUCACAUCCGCGUGCAUACGGGCGAGAAGCCCUUCCCUUGUCCUUUCCCAGGGUGUGGGAAAGUCUUUGCUAGAUCAGAAAAUCUCAAAAUACACAAACGAACACAUACAGGCGAGAAGCCCUUCAGAUGUGAGUUCGAGGGCUGCGAGAGGCGUUUCGCCAACAGCAGCGACCGCAAGAAGCAUUCGCACGUACACACGAGCGACAAGCCUUACAUGUGCAAGGUGCGCGGGUGUGACAAGUGCUACACGCACCCCAGCUCUCUGCGGAAGCACAUGAAAGUUCACGGUCGCUCGCCGCCACCCAGCUCUGGCUACGACUCAGCAAUACCGUCCGCUCUCACUUCUCCCUCUUUAGAAAGCGGCCGUGAGCCCCCGAUAGCCUGCACAGCGGCGGUGGCGGUGCGUGGCACAGACAUGAGCGAAUGGUACGUGUGUUCGGGCUCCAGGCUCAGUGGAGGCUGACUCUGCAGCGCCCCCACCCCAGCCUCGCGCCACCUCUGGGCCCAGUCGCAGCUACCACCGCCUCCAGGAUUAGGGCUGCUUACCAGCGUGCUGCUCUGGUUUAUGUCGACUUGAGUCUAGGCCCGGCCACUGAGGCUUCAAAGAGUAGGCCAGGAACGAAGGGAGGGAGAGUAGAGGGGCAGGCAAGCAGAUAGACCGCCACUAAAACUUACUGGAGGUCAUUGAAUAUGCUGAUGCUAGAUCUGUAUACGAAAACAUAAAGUGGUCAUUCUACGCUCACAUUCUGUACUCUCCUUUGCCCAUGAAAACGAUGUCCGGGAUAAAGAGACUGAUA